CGUAAUACUGAAGCACUAUCUGCAAUGUCUCCUGCACGGGCACGAGCUCUUCUCGGGCUCCUGAUCACACUUUGCACCCAGAGCCCACUACUGUCGGGUUCUAAGCCACUGCCGCCACGUAAUGUGAAGCUGAGCUCUGUGGAUAAGGGGUUAAAGGUCACAUGGGAUCCCCCCAGCGAGCUGGAUGGACGGCCUGUUGAUAGCUAUAGCAUCGGCUACGGGAAGUCCAUGAAGUCACUGCGCUUCAUGACUGUCGACAAGGACAGACGGUCAGAGUUACUGGAGGACGUAGAGCCUGGAGUCCUGCAUUUUCUCAAGAUGAGUGCAGAGAAUAAGGAUGGGAUGAGUAAACCUGUCUACAGGGCAGAGACUCCAGGAGGGGGAGAGUGGGUGAAACUGGAUGGUUUUGCUGUCGAGCCUUUCAACAGAACCUCUCCAGGCAGGAUGGUGUCUAUAACUUCAUCACAGAUUAACCCACGGCCCCCAACUCAGAGGACGGCACUAGGACAGCAGAGGGCCCCUCAGUCAUCCUCAGGACCAGAACCCCCUCAUCAAGUAGGACGCCUCCCUUUGCGACCCCAAAACAAACACAGAGUGGACCUCAGCCAGCACCAAGCAGACCAGCGCAAUGCUAACAAACACAAACUGGCGUCUGAGUCCGUCUAUGUGGUAUCACUGCAGGCACCCAGAGCCCAGGGGAGGAGUGCACCCAUCACCACGGCCACCAUGAAUAAAGUAACCCCAGAGCCGGAAGUUGUGGAUGAAGUAGAGGACAUCACAGUUAGAGUAUUGUCUCCUCAGUCUGUCCUUAUCACAUGGGUUGAUCCACUUGUUGAAAAGAAGAAGGAAAUACCAGGGGGAUCCAGGUAUUACACUGUGAAAUACAGAGAGAAAGGAGAAUCUGCUCGAUGGGAAUACAAGGACACCACUCAGAGACGUCUCAUAAUUGAAACGCUCUCUGCGGACAGCAUGUACGAGUUCUCUAUUUGUAUCUCGCAAGGAGAUCAGAAGGGAAAAUGGAGUGCAUCUGUGUUCCAGAGAACCCCUGAAUCAGCUCCUUCUGGCCCUCCAGAAAAUUUUCAAGUAAAACCACUUCGAGGAAAAGGUACUGCUGUCACAGCCACCUGGGAUCCACCUGAGCAAACAAAUGGGCGAAUAAGAGAAUACAUCCUUUCCUAUGCUCCUGCUAUGAAACCGUUUGGCGCAAAGUCAGUUACAUACCGUGGCACCACCACCUCUGCUACCAUAGAUGGACUUAUGCCAGGUGACCGCUAUAUCUUCAAAAUCCGUGGAGUCAAUAGAAAGGGCCAAGGACCACAGACUAAAGCCAUUAUUGUUGCAAUGCCUGCAUCCAGCUCUACUCACUUAAGAAACACAGACAGCCACAAGACAAGUCAAAGUGCCUCCAAGACAUCUUCAAACAAUGAAUCAGACAAUCAGGAGCCAGAUGAGAUGGAAGAGUUCGAUACUCAGACCACAACUCAAACACCACCCACCAAUAGACGAGGACGCCCUCUUUCUCAAACAAGGUCCUAUCACAGCAUCUUCUCCUCUGUGAGGGGUUCAGUCAGAAACGGAGGUUCUAGCUCAAGGUCAAACUCACAUUCUUCAUCCACUAAUGCCAAAGAUAGAGAAGAAGAUACAAAUGAGGAAGAGAAGCCAACAGACAGUCCAACAGAAGAGGAAAUAAGAGCAAAUGAGGCUAAUGAGGACACAAAACCAGAGAGCAGUAAUAAUGCAUCACCACAAACAGAGGAACAUUCAAAACACCCACAUGACACUAAAGAAUCAAAACCCAAUAAAUCUGAAUCUGUCCCUAAAACACCUGAGGCCAAACGUCCUUCUUGGACCCCGCGCACAUCCUCAAUUGUUGAUAUUAGCAGAUUAAGAAGGCCUAACUCUCGAUCAAGAAUGCGAAGUGAAGAUUCUUCAAGCUCGUCGCAAAACCAGGAGUCUGCAGCUACAAGAAAGGACCUAAGAGCGGUCUCCUAUCCUGAGGAAAAGAACUCAUACAACCAGAUAACUGUCACUGACAGGACACCUUCAGUGAUCUCACCUCAGGAAACCAGGCCUGAACCAGGGAAAGAAUCAAAAUCAGAAUCAUCCUCAUCUAUCUCUUCUCCAACUUACUCUUCCUCCUCCUCAGCAUCAACUUCGUCAUCUUCUUCUUCCACCUCAUCUUCUUCGGGAUCUUCUCCUUCAUCCUCACCAUCAUCAGCAGCAGCAGGUACAAGAAGGACUUCUUCCACAUCAGGUCGAGUCACAAGUUCAGGAUCUGGUGCCGUGUACCCUAAUGGAAGAAGAGUUGGAAUUUCAACUAGAGCUCAGAGACUUCAUACAGGAAAGCACAAACCUAAUUCAUCAUCAUCAUCAUCUGCUUCUUCACAAUCAACACUGCUAACAGGAACCAGGACAAACAGUCACGAUACAACAGAGGUGCAUGAUACCAACCACAAGAACACGGAGCUAGAUGACACAAAGGGUGAACAACCAACUGAAGAAACCAAAAAAACCCAUUCUGAUACAACUAAAGUGGAACACCCAGCACAAAAGGAAGAUUAUGAUAACAAAGAAGAGAAAAGCAAUAGUUAUAGUUCCACUUCCAAUUCUUCUUCAAGGACUAACUCUUUUACAACAGGAAGAAGUUCACCCCUUUCAUUACCAAACCGAAAUUCUAGGAUAGUUACAGGGAGUCGCAGACAAGAUGGGAGAAAACCGUGGAGCAGGACUGCCUCAUCUAUAGGUGCAGGAAGGCCAAUUAUUAAAGGAUUUCCUUCUCGUUCUACUGCUGUGAGCUCUCGAGAUACUAGUGAUAAAACUUCACCCACAACAUACCCUUCAAAGCAUGAGGUUAAUCCUGUCUCAAAUAAACCUAGUGUGCUAAAUAAAGACACAAAUGCUCCAAUAAGUUCCAACAAUCCCAGUAAUAAUGAAGAUGCAAAAAUUAGCAAUGAUCAUGAAGAUGAUUAUCUUUACGAUGGAAGCAGAGAGACCUUGGAGAGGCAAAGCAAAGACGCCACUUCAACUGCUGCACCUAAAACCACAACAACAACAACAACUGUGAGCGAACCUCACAGACCUGCCCAGAACUUUGAAAAUGAAAGUACCAGUAGCAGUUCAAAGUCACUUCCUUCAGUUGCCCAAAGAGUCCCUAUUUUGGCUUCUAAUGGUCGGGUCCGCUCUCCUGUGGUAGCAAGCCGUCUGAAAGGUUUGCGGUUCCCUAGUAGGGUGUACCCAGUACAGCACAGAAGAAUGGGCUCUGUUUCCACAUCAGGCUCUUCAUCAUCUUCACCACACUCCUCUUCAGCAUCAUCAUCUGCCUUCUCUCAAAACAGUCCAGCAGAAUCACCACUUAUCUCAAAUCCAGACACAGCUGACAGGAGUAAUACUAAUGUUAGGCUCACCCCAAGUUCAGUUUCUCUCUCUUCCCAUGGGCUGUCUGCUGGUGAAAGCUCUAGUGGGAAUAUAUCUCCUGACUCUCGAAAUCCAGUGAUGGGAUCGAGGCUGCGGUCCAUUUCAAAGGAAAACACUCCAGCCAGUGGCUACAAACCUAGUUAUGAAAAAGGCAAAAACGGACAGCCGAAUCUCACAGCUGCAAAUGGCAAAGCAUCCUCAACAUCUGAUGAAAAUUCGAAACCAAACGGAGUCCGACAUAUCACAGGUCCUGAUGGAACAAAAUGGAUAGUAGAUCUGGAUAAGGGUGUCCUAAUGAAUGAAAAUGGAAGAGUUCUUCAGGAUUCAAGAGGAAGACCCAGAAAAGUUGUCCUUGGAGAGGAUGGCAAGACUAUUUUUGAUGACCAGGGUAGCCCACUGGUAAACCAGGAAGGAUUAGCAUUAUUUGGUCAUGGAAGAGACAGUCGGCCUGUGAUUAAUCCAAGUGACAAGUACCUUACUGUGGGAGGAAAACCCAUCGUGGGCUUGGACCGUCCUAAAUCAAGGACUACAACCACUACAACCACGACUACAACAACCACUACAACCACAACUACAACAACACCAGAACCUACGACAACAGAAAUGGUAACAGAAACAUUGGAGCAGUCAACAUUAGCUGCUGAGCCUACAUGUCCUCCUGGACUUUAUUCUCGACUGGACAAGAAUGGUUUCCCAAUAUUGGAUGCUGAUGGAAUACUUAACUGCUACUCCGAAGGUGAGAUGAACUCUUUGCUAUCCACCAACAAGUCCACUAUAUUUCAAAGCAUCUCUGUUGUGUUUGCUCCCACCUUGCCGUACGACUCUAUCUCUCCAUAUGUAAACUACAUCCGUAAGGACCCUGGAGCUCCCUGCUCCCUGACCGAGGCUCUGGAGUACCUUCAAGUGGAUGUCUUAGCAGACUUGAUGGAGAAGGAACAACAAUCAAUCAAUCAAAAGCAGCCACCCAAAAACAAGCCCCAUAAUGUCACUGUGGUUGCUAUGGAGGGCUGUCACUCCUUUGUGAUUUUGGACUGGGCACUUCCACUGAAAGAUGACAUGGUGUCUGGCUAUAUGGUACACAGUGCAUCCUAUGAUGAUGUCUUAAAUAACAGAUGGUCAACCAGAUCCUCAAGUGGAACCCACCUCCCUGUUGAAAAUCUCAAGCCCAAUUCUAGGUAUUACUUCAAAGUUCAAGCAAAGAAUAUCUUUGGACUGGGGCCACUCAGUGAAACUUUAACAUAUGUCACAGAAUCAGAUGAUCCCCUGCUCAUAGAGAGACCCCCAGGUGGGGAGCCCAUCUGGAUCCCAUUCUCAUUCAGGUAUAACCCCGCCCACAGUUCUUGUAAAGGAAGUCAGUUUGUCAAGCGCACCUGGUAUAGGAAGUUUGUCGGCGUCGUCCUCUGCAACUCGCUGCGCUAUAAGAUCUUCAUGGGAGAUGGACUGAGAGAACCAUUCUACAGCAUUUCUGAUACAUUUGGCCAUGGAGAGGACCACUGCCAGUUUGUGGACUCUUAUCUAGAUGGAAGAACAGGACCACACAAUCUCUCCCUCAACCUACCCACAGCUCAAGGAUAUUAUCGGUCAUACAGACAAGAGCCAGUGAAUUUCGGGGCCAUCGGCAGGCGCACACCACAUCCUUUCGUUGGCUGGUAUGAAUGUGGAGUUCCAAUCCCUGGAAAGUGGUAACAGGGGGAAACUCCAAGAGGACAUUUCCACAGGCAAUCACAUUCCACGUGUUCUGUUCCUAUAUCUAUAUGCCAAUCACAGAGGUGAACCAUUGCUCACCAUGGCAUCCAAACCUAAAUCAUAUAGCAACUGCUUCUGACGGAAGGAAUAUAGUACUUUGAGUAACACUAAUAUUUCUACAUAUUCGAUAUCAAGCACUUUUUGAAAAAAUCAGUCUGUAUAUGAGGAAAUUGCAGCAUGUGUAUUUGAGUGUAUUAACAAUGUUUUGUUUUCAUGUGUUGCAUAAUAGUAAUUAUUUCACAUUCCAUUCCAUCUGGAAUAUUUCUCUUACAGUAACUUCAAAGAAACAAAUUAGUGGCUAGUUAAAUAUCAAAGCACAACAUCAAAUGACUACGUAAUGUCUGGGAAGAUGACAUAUGCGAUGAUGUAACAAAUUUUCUGUGAGUGAUGUUUGCUGUUGUUUAUAUAACUUGCUGAGGUUUUGUAAUCUUACAUUUUUGUAUUACCCUCUUUUUGAACAAAGGUUGGCAUGAAAGUAUUGCCCAUAUUAGGGCAGACUGAAAAAAAUAUUUUUAUUUUCUCAGGAACGGUUAAAAUUUGAAUAAAGGUGCUAUGGAGAAAAUGUAACGUUUUUAUCUCCCAUUGAUGCAUAAGAAGUUAGAUCAUAUAAAAUAAUUGUAUAUUAUAGUUUUAAUUCAAUUUUAUAUGAAUUACAUUGAUCAGCAAUACUACUAAUCACUUUUGCGAACUUUGAAUACCCACACCGCUACAUUUCUAGAAAAAAAACUAAGAGUACAUUUUAUUAUGUGCACAGUGUAUUAACAGAGUACAAAAAUAAAAG